AUGUGUCAAAUUAUCUCGCGGUUUUACGAUAUUGCCUCUGAAAUUAUCCGACGUUUAAAAAUAUCGGGGCCCACCUUAUUUUCCGCGCAAAAAGCUGGUUUCGAAGAUCUCCCGCUCCGGUCGGCUUUGCUGCUCCUUGCCGUUUCCCUUUCCGAGCGUCCAAUUCGCACUUUCGCAGAGACGCGUCCACCUCACCGAAGCUUUGACCGCCUCCUCCUUCUUCCCCCCAGUCUCGAAGCGAGCAGAAGCGGGAGAAGAUUCCAUGGAAUCGCCUCCAUUGAUGGUGGACUUGACUUUUGCGACCUCGAAACUUGCUUCAUUUUUUAAAACUCCAAGAUCACCGACUGUCCGAUCCCGAUCCCCCCCUCUCUCUCGCUUCCUGGAAUCUCGCUCUCUGUUCCUCAUUACUCUUGUUGUCGCCCUUCGAAGAUUUCAUCCUACAGCAUGCAGCUGUCUGGCAUGUCAUCUGAUUUCAAAUUAGACACCAUCAACCGUCAUGGCUAUGAGGAGCACGAGAUAAGCCAAUUAAAUGGAGAAGUGGCGUCAUCAGGCGCAAGAAGUAGAUUAGCAUUCAGGAUGCUAGAUGAUGCUGAAAAGGAAGGACUGAGAUCAAUUAACGGCACCAUGUCCACCAAAGAACAUGGAUCAUUUAAUGACAGGUUUUUUAGAGGGGACCGAGCAGCUACGAGCGAAAGCAUUGGCCUUCCAAUUCGUGAUGGUGCAAAGUGCGAGAAUGGAUCGGCUAGAAGAUCUGGACCUCUGGUAUCUGGAACAGCUUACUGCAUUUCCUCUUGCAGUAUGAUAUUGCUAAACAAAGUUGUCCUAUCAAGUUAUAACUUCAGGGCUGGAAUAAGUUUGAUGUUUUAUCAAAAUUUGAUUAGUUCGGUAAUCGUAGCUGUCCUGGGUCUGUGCGGAGUAGUAUCAGUGGAAAAGCUCAAUUGGAAGCUCAUUAGGGUCUGGAUCCCUGUGAAUAUUAUCUUUGUUGGCAUGCUUGUUUCAGGCAUGUAUAGUUUGAGAUAUAUAAACAUAGCAAUGGUGACAAUUUUGAAGAAUGUGACCAAUAUUCUAACAGCAAUCGGUGAAUUAUAUAUAUUCCGGAAGCACCAGAACCAGAAGGUUUGGGUUGCUAUGUUUCUAAUGAUAAUCUCUGCUAUCAGUGGCGGUAUCACAGACCUCUCCUUUGAUUCAGUGGGCUACGCAUGGCAAUUUUUAAAUUGUGUUUUAACAGCAAGUUAUUCACUCACUCUGCGUCAGGUGAUGGACAAGGCUAAACAGUUAACGAGAUCUGGAUCUCUAAAUGAAGUCUCCAUGGUCUUGCUGAAUAAUUUAUUAUCUCUUCCUUUCGCCAUCUUCUCGAUCUUACUGUUCGGUGAAUGGCAGUACAUAGUUAAUGCGGACGUGAUCAGAAUGCCCAUGUUUUGGGUUGUCGCGACAGCUAGUGGAUUGUUUGGACUCGCCAUCAGCUUUACUUCUAUGUGGUUUCUGCAUCAAACUGGGCCAACCACUUACAGUCUGGUGGGUUCCUUAAACAAGAUUCCCAUCUCCAUCGCCGGUCUACUGGUGUUCAACGUUCCACUAAGCGUACCCAACAUUUUCAGUAUUCUAUUUGGUCUAUUUGCCGGAAUAUUUUUUGCAAGGGCCAAAAUGUCUUGAUCGCAAAACUUGGGCACUCCAUGAAGGAAGCUAAUUCUGGCUGAUUUGGAUCUACAGAUGGAUGAACAAGCAGAGGUUCUGCACAGAACGAUGACUUUUUCCAAGUUUUCACAACUAAGUUCUGGGGUCGCACUCAACUCAGAGCAGUUUUCUUUUCUGAGAGGUUCAGGUAUUCCGCUUCAGAAGUUGGUCUACGGUGAGAAUGGUUAUGAUCUCCAUUGACCAGAGGGAAAAUAACAUUUUUCAUGCGAUGUUGUAUCAUUGACAAUCUAGGAAAUAGCGGCAAAGUGAUUUCCCCGCAGAAUAGCAUGUCUAUUAUAUUUUGUCUGGAGCUGUGCUAAUGCGUUCUCUCUCAAUUCGACUAUUUUGAGCU